AUGGCUACUACAAGGAAGGAAACUGAGAAACGACACAACCCAGUGGAAAGCAUUUGUAGAAAAAUCAGAGCCAUCCAAAAGAGAGAGGUGACGUCAAAUCCAAUUCGCCAGAUCAUCAGAUACCAAGCCAGCGGUUCUCAGAGUCCCCGGGCCCACAGCAAGAAGAACCUGGGGGAUCUGCUGAAGAUAGGGAUGGCUGCUCACUUUCCUGUGCCCGCCUCUCCUUUCUCAAGUUCUGAGCAAGUUGGUGCCUUCAUUUCUUGUCCUAAGGUGGUAUCUCCAAGAACCCCACACCUCUCCCCUCUAGGCUCUCCUGGGAAUGGAACAUGUCCUGUUACACUGACAAGUUCUGAAAAUGCUUCGAGACUGAGAUCCAGCAGCAAGCAGAGUGGCACACCUUUGCUAUCACGGAGUAGACAAGGGAUGCUCUUGAACGAGGGUUUGGACACCUGUUGUAGUGAAAAUUGUAGAACCUUCACACUUGACUUUGAUUCCGCUUCUGGCCAAAGCUAUGACUCUGUGACUCCCCAGGAGUCAGUGGUGAAACAACUAUCUUUGAAUGAGGAUGAAUGGAAACUGGGAGGUGAUGACGGCAAAGAUGAUGUCACCCCCAGCACGCACGGGGCCCCGGGGGACGAGCCGCUUGCUGGUAUUUUUCAUGCAUGGGGCACAACAUGCAGAGAAGGCUCAGGAGGAGUGGGCAGAAUCCUGGAUAAUCUGAGACACACUGGGCCGGAGUCUGAAGACGGCGGCCUGGAGGAGCUGAGGAGUGUGCUCGACCCUGAAAACGGAGGCCCGAGUGUGGGUCUGGAAACUCUGCAGGCCACCGUGAGAGAGUGGGUGGCUCACUGCAGAAGCGAACGGGAAGGAGAAACUAGCAGAUUAAGCAGCGUCGUUGAUGAUUCUGUUUUUGAACCAUGGGACAGCAUGAAAUCAGUGAAGAUGACCACAGAUGGAGUGGAUUCCACACCAGGGAGCCUGGAGGGUGCGGGUGGAGCCAGCCAUCAGCAAGUCUUAGAAGUGUCUGACUUGCUAACCUAUGUAGCACACCUACAUUUCAACAAGCAGAAAUUGGAAGAGGAAAAUCGUAAGUUUAAAUUAGCAAUGGAAACCUUGGAAGAAGCUAACAGCCAGUUGUUAGAGGACUGUGCUGAGCUGCGCCUUCAAAUAAAAAGUGCCCAGCAGGCUGUUAUGAGAACAAAUCUGUUAAAAGAAGAACUGGAAGAACUGAAAAUGAGUAUGAGCAUUUUGGAAAAACAGAAGACCACGAUCGGGGCUCAGAACAAACAAUUAGAGACAGAAAACCGGGCUCUGGUUCUUAAGAUUCGGAUGCUACAGGAAGAGAAUAUUAGGAACAUUAUCGAUACAGAUAGACUGGAAAAGAAGAUUGAGGAGUUGACUAAAAUUGACACAGAGCACCAAAUGCAGUUGCGCACGUAUGAGAACACUUUGCUUACUAAAGAUGCAAGCAUACGGAAGAAGGAUUUAAGAAUAGAAGAACUGAAGUCAACCAUCAUAGACUACGGGAGUGUUAUAGAGGUAUACCAUAAUUAUGUCACAUCUUGCAAGGUGAGAUUGUUGAGUGUAAAUUAUCCACUGUAAUAACACAUGCAUCCUAAUACUGUGUGUGAUUGCAGAAUUUGCGAGGGGAUAAAAAUAAACUGGCUCAUGAGUUGCAGCACCUGCAGCAGGAACUCAUCAUGUAUGUAUGGAGUGAGCCUUGCCAGCCUCCCACCCUGUGUUAUUGGCUCCCCGAGCUGUAUGCCACUCCUGGGAUGGCCACAUUUCUUUCUCUGCCUUUGUGUGUAGUAUUUUCUCUGCUCUUCUCCACGUGAACUCCUUCACAAGAUUCCCUGACCCUUCGUGGCUGUCUUAACUCAGGCUGAAAACAACGAACGCCUGUUUCUCAUAGCUGUGGAGACGCAAAGCCCAAGAUCAGGAUGCCAGCAGGUGUGGGUUCUAGUGAGGGCUGUCUAGCAGCUUAUGGACUGCUGACUUCUCUGUGUAUCUUCACAGAGAGGAAGGGAUGGGAACGGUCAGCCCUUUUCUUAGAAGGGCUGCACCCUCAUAAUUCCUUGCCAAAGACCCCCACCUCCAAAUCCCAUCACAUUGGGGUUAAGAAUCCAACUUACACAUUUUGGGGUGGGAGGCAAACAUUCAGUCCAUUGUAGGAAUGCUUGCUUGCUUUUCUUCACCUUGCAGUUAGGUGAUCCUUUUGAAUGCAAUUGUGGCGCAUUGUUCUGCUAACACGGAUUACCCCAUAGUGUCAUCCUUUGUUUCUUUUUUCUUCUAAAGAUUUAUUUAUUUAUUUGAAAGUCAGAGUUACAUAGAAGGAGAGGCAGAGAGAGAGAGGUCAUCCAUCUGCUAGUUCACUCCCCAGUUGGCUGCAAUGGCCAGAGCUGCGCCGAUCCAGAGCCAGGAGCUUCUUCUGAGUCUCUGACAUGGGUGCAGGGACUCAGGGACUUGGGCCAUAUUCUACUUAUUUCCCAGGCCAUAGCGGAGAGCUAGAUCAGAAAUGGAGCAGCCAGGAAUCGAACCGGUACCCAAAUGGAAUGCCAGGACUACAGGCGGUAGCUUAACCCGCUACGCCACAGCACUGGUCCCAUCAUUUAGUUCUGAGCCUGUGUCAAAUUGCUGGUCUAGGAUUUACAGCAGUAACUCAGCCAGUGGUGUAAGGACAUCAUUUAUGUUAUGUGGGUGGCAAACAAGGCAAGUGCAGGACCUGUUCGGAGGCAGAGGGAGCUGCUCUGUCUAACUCCAGCUAAUUUUGUUACAUCAAGACCCUGUGGUCCUGU